AUGAGUGUACUAAUAUUAAGUCAAAUAAUUUGUCAGCUUGAGCAAAAACAAGUAACUCCACCGUACAAACCGCGGCUGGACUCAGACCGGGAUUUGGCUAAUUUCCCACCAGAGUUCACGGAUGAGCCUGUUCAUCUUACACCCGAUGACCAGCGAGUAAUUGAAGAAAUAGAUCAAUCAGAAUUCGAAGGGUUCGAGUACGUAAACCCACUGUUGAUGUCUCUGGAAGACUGCGUGUGA